CUAUUUAAUCGAUACAAAUCAAGUCGGUUGGCUCAUUUAAAAAUUUCGACUUUCUGAAGCUUACUAAAGUAAUUUAAGCUGAAUACUUUAACAAGCAUUUGUAACUUAUUUAACGACAUUCCUUUUCAGGCGACUAACAAUACAAUUUGUUAUUCAACAAAACUCUGGAAAUAAAUUUGCCAUAUGGCAUCAUUGAGACUGCGGUUAUCGGUGCUAUUCUUUACAAUGACGUUCGGCGUACGCUUCUUCUGGCUUGCUUUUCGGCGAAGUUUGACAAUUCAGCAGUUUAAUUUGCAAAAAACUUGAAGACUUUCAUUUUUUAACAAAUUAGAAAAGCUCUGAAAGUAUUCUUUGAAAAUGUCCGAAAAUAAUGAUACAUCCAACGAAUCAAACAGCCUUGGUAGUGACUCAAUUUUGCAGGCCUCGCGUUUAACAGGAGGCGGUGUUAAUCCUAUUGUACGUUCAGGCGUAUUACGACCGUCAGUGCUUGGUCCAUCGGUUUUGGGUGCAGCAGCAUUAGGCAAUGGUAAUAACAACUCGCUUGCAAAUGCCAAUGCUAAUGCAAUUUCCAAUUCGACAGCUACAUCCAAUAAUGUCGAAAGUAACGAAGAGGAUUCAGUAAGCAGCACAACUAAUAACAAUCCAUUUAUGCGAGAAGAAAAAGAUGAAGAGGUAGAAGAGUCUGUAAAUAAUGAAGCCAUAGCUGAAGAAGGAGCUGUCGGCGGUGAAGUCUCUAAUGAUAAUAAGGCGUCAGAAGAUAAAAAAACUGCGGACGAUGAUGAAACAGAUGAACGUGUUAAUCCUUUAAGCAUGCUACGUAAAAACGGCUUGGAACGUGCAAAUCUAUUCGCGGCUGCUAAGAACUCUAUACCACUGGUGGAAAAAUCUGGUUUCGUAUUCGGUCAGAAUGUACAUGAACGUGUUGUUGGUGAGAAUAUUAAUACUGAUGGUGCGGCGAGGUCGGAAAACAAUGACGCUUGCUCAUCUACUUCUGGGGAAUUACUAUUCUCCAGUGUUAUACAAAAUGCGGCCAAAGCCGGUGAGAAUGAUAAAGGUGCUAUAUCAAAAGAUAGUGAAACUAAGACACUUACUGAUGUGGCGCGUGAAUAUGAAGAGAGUCGUGCGCAAAAACGUAAAUACGAAGAGGUGGAAACAUUCACGGGCGAAGAGAAUGAAGUUAAUAUAGUUGAUGUAAAUUGUAAACUGUUUGCCUUCGUCAAUAGCAAUUGGGAGGAACGCGGACGUGGUAGUAUGCGAUUAAAUGAUUCUAAAAAUCAACAAGAAUGCUCGCGUGUUGUGUUUCGAACAUCGGGCAAUCUGCGUCUCUUGUUGAAUACCAAGGUUUGGGCUGGUAUGGUUGCUGAACGUCCCAGUAAUAAAUCACUACGUCUUACCGCAAUGGACAACACUGGAAAAAUUAAAAUCUUCUUAGUAAUGGGACGACCUGCAGAUAUGUCUCUACUGCAUAAAGAGUUGUUGGAACGAAUCGAACUACGAAAAGCCUCACAUCCGGAGGAAUGUCGUGCGCCGGCUGAAACGAAAAACGGUAUUGAUUCGACAUCUCAACAUGAGGAAGAAUCAAAGGAAGCCAAAGCCACGGCGGUACCAGAUCACGAGGAAAGCACAGAACCAAGUCCCAAGAAACCAAUGGUUAAAGAAAGCAGCAACUAAUACACCGAUAUAUAAUAAUAUAACAAACAAAAACAAAACAAAAAAAAUUAAAAAUAAAAAGAUAAUGAAAGAAACAAUCUCUUAAUUUAUGGUUUACGAAACGAAAAAAGAAAUAUAUAUAUAAUAAGUAUUCGAAAAAUUACCGAAAAUUUCAACAAGCACAUACGAGUAUGAAUUGCUUAAAGCCUGUAAAUGAAAAUGUAGAAUGGUAAAAAUAAUACAUAACUCCAUUUAUAAUGGAAAAGGA